GAGACGUUCACAGAACAUGCGCAUGUUCGUGUCAAGUGUAGUGCGAGGGGAAUAAUAUUUUGGCUUUCGGGGGCCUAAAAUUAGCUGGAAAAUGCAAAAAUUAAAAUUUUCACAAAGGGACAAGGUGAAAAAAUUUAUAACAUUUACACAAACUGGAGAACAAACCGCAAUAUAUUGCCUGGCACAAAAUGACUGGAAGCUGGAUCUGGCGAGCGACAACUACUUCCAAAACCCAGAAGCUUAUUGCAAAGAACCUAAAAAUUCUGUAGAUAAGAAGAAACUGGAAAUAUUGUACAGCAGAUACCAAGAUCCAAGUGAGCCCAAUAAAAUUACAGCGGAUGGUAUUAUGAAAUUUCUGGAUGAUUUGGGUCUAAGUCCUGAGAGUAAGCUAGUUUUAAUCAUUGCAUGGAAAUUUCGUGCUGAAACACAGUGUGAAUUCACAAAAGAUGAGUUCAUGAAUGGAAUGGUGGACUUGGGCGUGGAUAAUAUAGACAAGCUGAAGGCGCGUUUAUGUAGCUUAGAAAAUGAAUUGAGGGAUCCUCAGAAAUUCAAAGAUUUCUAUCAUUUUACAUUUAAUUAUGCAAAGAACACAGGACAGAAAGGUUUGGAUCUGGACAUGGCAAUCGCUUAUUGGAACAUUGUAUUAGACGAUAAAUUUAAAUUUCUCCAAUUAUGGUGUCAAUUCCUACAAGAACAUCACAAGAGAUCGAUUCCGAAAGACACGUGGAACUUAUUGUUAGACUUUGCACUUAUGAUUAAUCCAGACAUGAGUAAUUAUGACGAAGAGGGUGCCUGGCCAGUUUUAAUCGAUGAUUUCGUAGAAUGGGCGCAACCCCGAGUCCGUCAAUCUCUCUAACGUUAUUUUUUUUUCUUUAUGAUAAAUUUUGAACGAUCUUACACAGUAACUUUAUUUAUUCGAUAUACGGAACGUAUAUUCUCCAAAUGUGUUUCAUUGGACAUUUUUUCAGUAACGCGAAAUCAUUCUACUUUUAUAGUACAUGAUUUCACGCGGGUUUAUUGUGCUCAACGUUUUCUGAGUAAAAUCGUUGUGUAACAGUAUAAUGACUCAUAGUAUAUAAUGUAUAGCUUCCUUGUAAUAUGCAUUGUCGAACAAUGUACAAUAUACCGCUUCGAUAGAUAAUGUUUUAUUUGCUGAAAUAUGUAAAGAGAGAGAUUGAGAGAGAGAGAGAGAGAAAGAGAGAGAGAGAGAGAGAGAGAAAGAGAGAUAUCUUUUGAGUGUUUCCUUAAAAAGUAAUAGCGCUAUUUACUUGUACCGAGUUCUAUUUGUGUAAGGACUAACCACGUAGGAUAUGCAAAAUUAUUAUCUGUAAGAUAACUUAAGUUAUCUUAUAGAUAAUAAAUUAUUAUCUUUAAGAUAACUUAAACCGCGAUCUUUGAUUUAUCUUCGAAGAAGAAAACGAGUAUUGCCUUGUGAUUGAUCAUAUUGUACAAAGUAAUACGACAUGUAAGACGUUCCUUUACAAAUGAGAACACGGCAAAAAGUUGCUCAACUAACGUUGGUACACGCAAGCAGUUCAUAGAUCAAUCAAGAAAAAAGAAUCUUCUUCUUUCAAGAUAAUGUGCAGCAUUGCAGACGAAAUUGCAAGAGGAAGGGGGGGGGGGGUAUAGUUUAUAUGUUCGUGUAGAUAGUAAUUUCUAAAAAUUACGUUGUUGAGAAUUGUUAUUAAAUAAAUUCUACAAUAUUUCACUAUAUACACAUACACAUAC